AAAGUGGAAUUUUUUGUUGAUGGGUAUCCUGCGAUUCUUGGUAGUGAUGUUGCUGGUGUUGUAGAAGCUGUUGGUGAAGGUGUUACUGAGUUUUCCCCAGGUGAUGAAGUUUGUGGAUAUACCAAGCUGGGAGUUCCUGGUCAUUAUGGCGCAUUUUCUGAGUAUACUUUACUUGAAGCAUCAACUACUUACAAGAAACCACCACACUUUACUUUUAGAGAAGCCGCAACUAUUCCCGUUUGUACUCUUACAGCGGGACUUGGCUUAUUUGAAUCAUUGAACUUGCCACUUCCUUCUGAAAACCACAGUUGGUUCCGUGAAGAAUAUAUCUUGAUUUGGGGUGGCUCUUCUUCCGUCGGCUCCUAUGCCAUUCAACUUGCUGCACAUUUAGGACUCUUAGUUAUAACAACUGCAUCACCGAAAAACCAUCAGUAUCUUAAAGAAUUAGGCGCUGCUUACACUUUUGAUUACAAUGCUCCUGACGUAAUUGAUCAAAUCAAAAAUGCUAGUGAAGGUCGAUUGAAAUAUGCCUUUGAUACUGUUGGUAGUACAACUACUGUUUCUUUAGGUAUAAAAGCAUUAAGUUCAAAUGGUAAGAUGGCAUGUGUAAGUGAACCGUCUAAAGAGACAAGAGACGAUAUCGAAGUUACAAAAGUGACCCUCGGUCUUGCACAUAGAGAACCUAAAGGUUACCUUAAAAGUACUAAUAGAGUUUUAAAAGAGGUUGAAACUAUGUUGCAUGACGGUAGAAUUAGACCAGUUAAUGUUACUAGUAUGCCGGGUGGACUUGAUGGUAUUCUUCCAGCAUUGGAAAAAUUGAAAGGCGGAGUCAGUGCUACUAAGCUAGUUAUUGACAUUGACUAA